AUGAAGUUCAGCACACCCCUCGCGGCCGUGGCGGCCGCCGCCUCGUUGGCGCUCCUUCCAUCGGCAUCGGCACACGGUCCAGAGACCAAGGAAGAGGUGGUCAAGUUUCUCGAUCAGCAGCACGCUGCGUACCACUGCGCACCUGCGAUCGCCGCUAUGACCGCUGCUCGAAAGAAGUCGUGGGCACAAAAGGUGCUCGGAGGUGACUCCGCUCAGAACAAGAACCUCUUCAUCGACGGCUACUUUGACGAUCUCGGAAUCGACGGCGAGGUUGCCGCGAAGGGCAUCAAGGCGCUCGAGGAGAAAGGCAAGCGGAUCAUGGCGUGCGACCCCGUCGUUGAGACCAAGAUUCGCAACUCGACGUGCGUCUUGUCACCCGAGACCACCCAAGGCCCCUACUACCACACCGAGCAUCACCCCAUCCGUGCCAACAUGGCCGAGUGGCAGCUGGGUGUCCACUUCCAGAUGGACGUCGGUGUGAUCGACGUCGACACGUGUGAGCCCAUCCCCAACAUCCUCGUCGAUCUUUGGCAUGCUAACGCCACGGGUCACUACUCGGGCCACCCGGACCCAGCGCCGCACCUCGUAGACGAGAUCCCUGCCCAGACUGGUGUGCGAAAGGGUCUUCUCUCUGCGUUCCCUCGUACCAACACGCACGAGCAGUGGCUGCGAGGUGCGCUCCCCACGGACAAGAACGGUGUUGCCCAGUUCACCAGCGUCUUCCCCGGCUACUACACGGGACGAGCCACGCACGUGCACGUCAAGAUCCACCACGACUGGCAGGUGCUGCCCAACGGCGAGUUCCGAUCAGGUCGACUCAUCCACACGGGCCAGUUCUUUUUUGACGACGAGCUCAACAUGAUGAUGGACAAGGUCUGGCCGUACAACACCAACCCUAUCGCCGACUUGCCCGGCCGUGGACGCACCCGCAACUGGGAGGACUCGCUGCAGAUCUACCAGAUUUCGCAGGAGGGCGGCUACUUCCCCACCUUUGACGUCGAGAAGCUGGGCGGUGUCAUGACCGACGGUCUGAUCGGCUACGUUACCGUCGGUGUCAACCGCUCGGUCGUCGUUGACGAGGCAUGGGUGCCCACCACGGGUGGAGGCAAGACCAAGCCUUGGGUACCCACCGAUGCUGCUGCGGCUCCUGUGCACCAAGAGCUCUGA